AUGCCGCAACGACGUCGCGAACCUGGGAUGUCGAUGACUGGUGUAGUGAACUCCCCGGCCAUGGCCUCUCUCUAUUCCUCGCUUCGGACUAAAGGACGACCCGGGAAGAAGGCGAGCAGGGAGGACUCGGAUGACGCCCAGGAGGACAUCGACGUGACGACCUUUGACGAGCAUGAGCUCGCCCAGCUGGAAGCGGUGUUGGAGAUAUUGAAGUCCAAGGCUGCAAAGAUGGAUAGAAUGGCUUCGGACACGGUGGGCGUGGCGGAUUUUGAAGAGGAGGAGCUUGUCCAAUUGGAAGCUGUUGUGGAAAUCCUGAAGUCCAAAGCUGACAGCACACGAGAUCUUGAAACUAGUAGACUAUACAAAGGUGGUGACUACUCGACGGCCUCUGAUAUACGACGUCGACUGGAACCUCGGCCCGUUUCUGAGUCUUUCCCGGCGGACCAACUGGCAAAGGAGGACUUUGUGUUCUCUGGUGUUCUUCACUUGAAGCCUGGGGUAACGUCAACGUCUCUGAGCGAGGUGGACGCUCUUGAAGUGGACGGGAUCUGGUCGUUGGAUAUGCUUUGUCGACAUCUUGAAUUUUUGGAGUGUCAUGUUCCACGACAGAGUGAAGAUACGUCGAGGCAGUGGAUCGAUGCUUUCCUCUACCUUGUGGCUGCGAUGAAGCCGGGAGGGAUGAACGUGGUUCUCAACGCUGGACCACAGUCAUCGGAUCCGUCGGACAACCCUAGCUUGGACACUCGAUGCGGAGGUGAUGACUGGACGGUCGUAGCGACCUCUCUGGAAAAAUCAGCGAUGCUCAUGCGACGACCUCGCCUGCAGGCCUUGGAUGAAAAUGACCGCGUGUUAUUCGUCUCGCGAGAUAGAGGACCGAAUCAGGUACUCGCCAGCUAUAUUCCGCCGGCUGUCAGAGGGAUGGCUGCGUGUGCGAGGAGAGUAGGGAAAACCACGAUUCGUGGCGUCUUGACCAAUGGCCACGAGUGGAUAUUUCUCAUCCUUACCCUCCACCAGGACGGUGUGGGUGGAACCUACCAGGCGACAGACGUGGUUCCGGUACACACUCUCCAUGAUCGAUUCUUCACGCGCGUCAUUUCGAGAGAGGCGGUCAAGUUUGUUAGUGCGGUUGUUGCAUAUUGGCUGGUGCAUAGUCAUGAACCGCUCGAUGCUGAUGAGGAUUUCUUCAGUGUUGGGUAUUGA